CUCUUCCUUCUCUGCUGGCAGGCAGUUCCAACAACUCUUCUUUGGCAGAUCAGCUGCAGGCCAGCAGAGCGCUGGACAAAAGGAGGGACGCAGGCCCCAUCUGGGAAAGACCGCCGAAAACCGAAGCGACAAGACAGAGGGGCCUUUUGCCGGGAAGGCGGGGGUGCCUCAGCAUGCCCUCCCGCACGCCUGUGGGCCCUUCUGCGUGCUCCUCCCCUUGGCACCGCCGUGGCCGCUGCAGGUCCUAGCAUGUUCUGGGCCUGGCCGGGCCACGUGGCGAGAUGGCGGAGAGCGCUGAGGCCCCUCUGAGCCUGGAGGGCAUCUUCAAGGUGCUGCAGCGGGUCCCGGGAGACAGGCUGCUGAGCUGUGCGCACCGGCUGAGCGGCAGGCAGCGAGACCGGAGGCCGUGCCAGCUCCUGCGUGCCAUGAUCCAGCUGACCCUGAAGCAGGAGGCGGAGGCCCGGGCGAGCCUGGAGGCGCUGGGGGAGGAUGCCCUGGUCGCCCAGAUCUUCCGGAGCCACUGGGGCAGCGCGGAGAGGAUCGGGGCUGACCCGGUUCUCCUGAAUCAAGAGGCGCUGGUGGUGGUGGCGCAGAUUUACUCACUCCUCGAGGAGGAGCGAUUCUGCUUGCCCCAAGUAAGAGAUGAGGCCUACCGGGAGGCCAUCAAAGCCGUCCAGGUGAGCGGCAUCGGGGAGGUCGCGCUGAAGAGUCUCUGGAACGAGGCCCUGGAGAAGUGUGGGCCCGAUUUCACAUUGGACAAGGCAAGCCAUCCGCUGGCCUCUCAGGCAGGCAGUUCCCUGACAGCAGGCUCUUCCGCACUGGCCAGCAGCUCCUGGGAGCCUGUGGCCCUGCGUUCCACUGGCAGCCCGGUCUCUCUCAUCAGUCACUUCGAGAUCAGCCAGUCCCUGACAGCCCCGUUUGUCACCAAUCCGCCUCAUCAGCACGGCGUCCCUGAGACUGGUGAGCUGAAUGAAAACGCCCCCAGCCCCUCAACACCCACUGGCAAAGCGAAAGCCAACCACAGUUCUCUCUCUGAGAGCCCCGUGAAGGACUUUCCCCAGAAAUACCAGACCCCAAACAGGGGGACUGAUGAUGCCCAAGGCAGCCAUUCCUCUCUGUUGGUUCCUGCUCACCCUAAAGUAGCACAGCCAGGUGAGGCUGAAUGGCACACCCUGAAGAGCCCAGAACCACACGGCCUCGGAGGAGGCAUCCCUGGAAAUCGGCCACCCUCGCCCACAUCGCGACAAGGCUCCGGAGCUUCUCCAGACUGCAUCGAAAGGGGCUCAGGGGCAGCCUCUUCUCCAGCACAAAGCACCGGUCCUGGAGGACAGCUUGCUUCGAGCUCUGCUGCUCCUCCUCCUCCUCCUCCAGCAGAGUCCUCCUGGACAGAUUCCCUCAGUGAUGAGAAGCAGUUCUUCACUUUUAUGGUCCUGCAUGCCAGCGAAGACGAGGCCGUGGCCAGGCAGGUGAAGGAGCGUCUGGAAUCCAUGGGCGUCUCCAACGGGGCAACCUUUUGUGAGGACUUCCUUCUUCCUGGGCGCUGCCAGCUCAGCUGCUUCCAGGAUGCGCUGGAGAAUUCGGCCUUUACUCUCCUGCUGCUGACAGAGAACUUCAGGGGCCGGCUCUGCGCCUACCAGACCAGCGUGGCCCUGAUGGACUCCUUCACACGCUUCCUCAAGUCCCACUCGGUUAUCCCCUUCAUGCCCAAGAAGAGCCCCCUCCAGAGAACGGAGAUGCCCAUCCUGCUGGCAGGGCUCGUGCCCCUGGAUGAGAACUCGCCCGUUUUUGCCAAGCGGGUCAAGAAGACCUUCACGGCCGCGGCGAUCCGAGAGAAGAAGGCGAUUUGGACCCGCAUGCGGCAAUUGCAGGAGCAGGAGGAGCAGCGCCAGUUCCGCCAGGCGCUGCGAGACCUGUCUGUGCUCAGCAUGAGCCCGGAGGGACCAGUGACUUUUCCCAUGGUGCCGGGGCCCCCGGGCCACGUCCCACAGCUGCCCUUUCACCCGGGGUUCCCGGCUCCUGGGCCGUCUCAGUCUCCGGCUGGGCCCGGCCAUCCCCACUCGCUCAUGUUCUCUGUGUCGGGAGGCCCCCCGCCCCAGCUCAUCAUUCAGAACGCCCAGAUGGUUCAGAUUGGGGACUACAACCACAUGCACGUGGAGGGGACCAGCGCAACACUGAGUGCCGCUGCUGAGGACGGGCAGGUGGGAGGCGCCGUGGGGAGCAGACAAGGAGAUGCGCCGUUUUCUUAGUAGCACAGCCUUUUGGGCAAUAUGGCAGUCGUGCUGGGAAUGGGGUGUGCUGUUCCAGUUGUCUGUUCCCGAAAGGAAAUUGCAGAGCUGGAAAAGUGGCACCAGUGUCAGCCCGGGAACUGGGGACUGGCGUCCACAUGGGGGAAAAUGGCCAUGCUUUGGAUACUGGUUAGGACAAAGGAAAAUGUCCAAAGAGAGAGGGAAAGCACAGCAGAGAGAUCGUGGGAAAACACGCUUGGCUGAGAAGGGACAAUUGCUCCCAGCAUUUGGGAAUGAUGGGACCUGGAGUGAAUACAGCUGAAAGGCACCAAGUGGAGGAAGGUUUCCCUGUGGAUGGUGGAUCUUAAAGUCACAUCGAUCACCACCCAGCCUCGCAUGGAAUUUGGAAUAAAUACAUUUGAAAAUGUUUUUUCUGUUUUGUAAGGGGGUAGAUGACUUUUAACCUUCCCCCGCAUCCCAUUUCCCCAUAAAAUGCUGUUUGGAACAAAA